GAGAAAGACUGAGGAGCUUUACUUAUCCGCCGACCUGCAGGAUGUCCAAAGCCUCCAGGCUGGCCCGCCCACCGUCAUUAGGGGCCGGAUCCAAGCUGCCGUCCCCCAGGAAGGAAUGCCCUGGCACUGCCGCUGCGGCCGGCCGAGCCCGGGUGCUGAGCGUGGGGGAAAAGCUGAUGAGGGCAGGUAGCGAUGGCAUCCUGAGCAGACAGAAGUCUUUAACGGCCGCUGUGCCACAGGACAAAGCACAGAGGGAGACCCAGACUGAGACUCAGGCCCCCAGCCAGAGUCCAUGUGAGAAGGGCCAAAAUAUGGAAGCAGUCCCCCCCAAGAGCAGGAUCAGCCCACCUAAAGCCUCAAGUCAAGGCUCUGUGCACAAACAAACCAAAAGCAACCUGAAGGUAACGUCCCCAGAGGACGCCGAGCACGUAAGCCGUAGAAAGGCCUCCCCAAAUGGGACGGCCCCUUUGAGUGGGGACGCCAAAGGCAGCCGCACUGUCCCUCGGAGGCACACGUUAGGUGGGGCCCGCGGCUCCCGCGAGAUCCUGGCUAUGCAGCCGUCAGACAUGGACAAGAAGAGGGAGGCCUUCCUGGAGCAUCUGAAGCAGAAAUACCCCCAUCACGCCUCAGCGAUCAUGGGCCACCAGGAAAGGCUGCGAGAGCAGAGCAGAAGCCCAAAGCACGGCCCCAGUCCACAGCCCAGCGUCGGCGACCAGGUUGACCACAUUUCUCUGGCCUCGCUGGAGUCACUGGACACCAUGUCUGAGGCCGACGCGCCCACAGGAUUCACCCGCGGCAGCCGGGUUCGUGCCAGCCUGCCCGUGGUGCGAUCGACCAACCAGACAAAGGACCGCUCGCUAGGUGUACUGUACCUGCAGUACGGGGACGAGACCAAACAGAUCCGCAUGCCUAAUGAGGUCACCAGCAUCGACACUGUCAGAGCUCUGUUCGUUAGUGCCUUCCCGCAGCAGCUUACCAUGAAGAUGUUGGAGUCGCCUAGCGUCGCAGUCUAUGUCAAAGACGACAUGAGGAAUAUGUACUACGAGCUCACCGAUGUCAGGAACAUCACAGAUCACUCCUGCCUGAAGGUCUACCACAAGGACCCAGCACAGGCCUUCAGCCAUGGGCCAAGACCUGCCAAUGGUGAUGCCAGGAUGCACAGCGAGAUGGUGCAUGCCGGUCGUGAUGGCCCGCACCCUCUGAGACAGCCCCCCAUGGGUCCCCCUCUACAUCACCCCAUGCAGGGAGCGCUACCCCCAACUCCCCACUCCAUGCCCCCAUCCCCCUCCAGAAUCCCAUUUGUCCCACGACAGGGCUCUAUACCUGGAAGCGCUACUAUCCCAAGGGACAGAGUGUCUAACACCAACCCUCCGGCCCGCUCAAACUCACCCUGCCCCAGCGCCAUCCUGGAGAGACGGGAUGUCAAGCCAGAUGAGGACAUGGGUGGUAAAAGCCACAGUCUAGCCAGGGGAAAUGAGGGGUUGUAUGCAGACCCAUACUUGCUCCAAGAGGGAAGAAUGACCAUGGCUACUGCCCACGGACCACACCCCAACCCUGGGCUUGAUGGUCCAGAACAUGGCAUGGGGGGAUUUCACCGUGCCUCCAUUCGCUCCACAAGCUCUUACAGCGGGCCCAGCCCCACAGACACUAUCGAUCACCCCUCUCUGUACAGGCAGAAGUCCAGGAACAGCCAGCUGCCUACUUUAGGCUCCAAGACUCCUCCCCCAUCCCCUCAUCGGAUGGCUGAGGUGCGGAUGAUUGACAUCCAUGGCGGGCCUCCUCAUUGCGUGCCACCUCAUGGCGUUCCCAUAGAGAGAAGCUCACCUGUGCGCCAGUCUUUUAGGAAGGAGGAAGUGACGGGGACCAAGCCCCGAAACAACAUGGGCUCGCCUGUCGUUGCAGACCUCCAAGGUCACCUCCAGGGGCCCAUCCCAGCUGACCAUCAGACACGAGAGCGAAUGAAGGCAAUGGAGUACCAGAUUGCCAGCUUGACUGGUCUUGUUCAGCAUGCACUUUUAAAGGGGCCAAACAGUAGUGGCACCAAGGAGCCUCUAAGCGAGAGACCACCGAAAACAUCUUCCCCAGCCCACAGCGCACAUAGCUCAGGUGGUUCUCCAGUCUUGGCUCCCAAGAGCAAUGCAGCCCCAUCAGACAAGGGCUCAGGUCCUCUCAAAGUCAACCUCCUGCAGUUCAGGAAGAAUGUUUCUGACCUCAGGAUGCAACUCCAUCAGAUGAGACAGCUGCAGCUCCAGAACCAGGAGGCGCUGCGAGUCCAGCUGAAGCGGGCAGAGCAGGAGAUCAGUGUUAAACUUGCAGAGGCCAUGCGGGGCCUGGAGGACCCUGUCCAGAGGCAGAGAGCUUUGGUAGAAGAGGACAGGCACAAGUAUUUGGGUCUGGAGGAGCGUGUCCUCUCACAGCUCGGUGAGCUGGAGCAGUAUGUCAUCUCUCUGCAGAAAGACUCAGCAGCAACACACAGAGUGGUGACCCUGAAGGACGUGGAGGAGGGAGCGGUGACUCUGAGGAAGGUGGGAGAAUCUCUGGCAGGGCUCAAAGGAGAGUUCCCGGCCCUGCAAACCAGAAUGCGGGCCGUGCUCAGGGUGGAAGUGGAAGCUGUCAAGUUUUUGAAGGAGGAGCCUCAUAAACUGGACAGCAUGCUGAAAAGGGUCAAGAGCCUGACUGACACACUCAGCAGUCUGAGAAGAAGUGCUACUGAGGGCCACCAGAAAGGACCCGAUCCUUCUGCUAAUGUCCCAGUGGGAAACAGCCCUUCAGCAGCAGCAGUGGCAGCAGAAGCCCCUGCCGAAGCUCCAGUCCAGCCUGGCUCCACAUCAGCCCCGCUGGAGCCCCAGAGCUCCACCAUCAGAUCAGAGGUAAUGCCUUCCUCUCCGGUGGUCAUCCAUCAUGUCCAGAGCUCCCCGGUCCACAUGCAGCAGUCCCAGCAGUCUGCAGCCUUGACAGCUCAGCCCAGUCCACCGCUCACCCCCAGCCCCUCUCACGCCCCCAGUCCCAAUCUGAGCAAGAGUCAAGGUCGGGAAUCUCCUAAGGGGGCAGCCUUGGAUCCACCAAGUCCCGCCCGUCAUAAGAAGACUCACGGAAACCCUGUGAAUAAUGGCAACGGCGCUGCCAAUCAGGGUCUGGUCAUAGAGGAGCUCCAGAACAGUCAAGACAAGAGCAAAAACAGAGCUAUGUCCAUAGAGGCUGCAGAGAAGGAGUGGGAAGAGAAGAGGCAGAACAUGGGUCAUUAUGAUGGCAAAGAGUUUGAGAAGAUCCUCCAGGAGGCCCAGGCCAACAUGAUGAAGGGCAUUCCCAGUCUAGACGCUGAAGAGAACCCAGGACUGGCCCCUGCAGCCACUGGGGAACAAGCAGACGUCCACAGCCUUGUGGAGUCACUGUCAGAAGAGCCUCAGUCUGAGCUUCUUGCCGACAAACAAGCCAAGAAGGGGCCUGAGAAACUCCCAAAGCCUGUGAUGGAGAAACCAGCCAAGCCGGCACUGGAGAGACCCUCCAAGACUGCCACCAAGCCAGCCCCCUCUGACAGUGUUACCAAGCAGGGGUCUGAAAAGCCCAGCAAGUCCCCACCACCACCUCCUCCGAGGAAGACCUACCCCAGCUCGAGCUCAGGCAUGACCACCACACGUUCUGGCGAGGUGGUCUACACCAGCAGGAAGGAGUCCACGUCGGCUCAGGAGGGUGAAGAGGAGGCUCCACCUCCCACUCCCCCAGCCAAGCCCACCAAGGUUGCACCUGAGACCAAGCCGAAGCCAGCAACCCCUCCCCCCGUCACUGCCCCAGUUGCCGGAGAAGAGGAGGAUGAAGGGGACAAGAUCAUGGCGGAGCUCCAGGUUUUCCAGAAGUGCACAGUUAAGGAUGUAGGGGGGAAAAAUUUGGUAGAACCCACCACUCGAAUUGAACCGCAAAUCAGAGAACUAAGACCAGGGGCCUUAUUGCCCCUCAAAGACAAAAAGCAGAGCUCAGAGCCCAGUCGAGAGGAUAAAGAUCCAGACACAGAUGAAAAUGGCAAUACUACUGUCCGACAGAGCCAAGGGGUCAUAUACUAUGUGACUGGCCAGAUUCCCAAAGAGCAUCCACCCCCGCCAGGAUCGGAGGAAACCCCCGAACUCCGAGAGCCCACACAGCCUCCAUCACAGGUGUCAAAUGUCAAUGUUAAUGACGAUUCUCCAAGCCAGCAGCAGCAGCCGCCUCUGUCUCCGAAAUCACCUCCACCUAUAUCACCUAAGCCUGUGGGACUGAAAGGAUUCAAAUUUCCAAGGAAGCAAGUUAAACGCUCCGAAUCCUUGAAGACCAGUGCAGAAAUGGAGAAGGGAAAAAUCCUCAACAAAAUUAACACUGAAAAGAAAACUAAAUUUAUCCAGCAGCAUGUUUCUUCUAGUACAAACAUAAUCCCAGAGACUGUGGCAACCACAACAACCAGCACACAAAAAGAGGCACCUAAAAGUGCUGUUGCUCCUCCAAAAAAGGCUCCUAGUGAGGACAGUGAUCUGCCUAAAGCUCAGUGUGAGGACCAUAAUGAGGAGGCUAGUCUAAGUCCUGACUUACCUGGAGAAGAAGCACCUCCACCCCCUGACAACAUAGCAUUUAUGAUUACUAACACCAAAGUUCAGGCCCUGUCCUGUGGAGAGUACCAGGAACUGGUGAAUGCCAAGAAAGGAAGUGUGCAGACUGUCACUGUAGGUAGCGCCGCAAACAGAGGGAACGCCACAGUGGAUCCCACUGUGCCACAGGAUAAUGGCUUCAACAAGAAGCCCGUCAUUAUCAUUUUUGAUGAGCCCAUGGACAUCCGUUCAGCUUACAAGCGCCUGUCCACCAUCUUUGAAUGUGAGGAGGAACUGGAUAGGAUGCUAGCAGAAGAGCGCAUUGAGGAGGAGAGUGAGGAGUCCGACACAGAGAAGAGUGGUGGGCUGCAGGUAAAAGCCCAAAGCACCGAGGUGGUUGAUGGCAAAAAGGUCAGCUCAUCGCAGGUCGCUGCAGACCAUGCUAGCUUAUCAUCCUCAUCUUCAUCCUCAAUCUCCGAGCUGACGGACAGUGGAGUCAACUUGGAGUCAAACGGUGAUGGCAAGCAGGAUGGUAAGAAGAAGUUCAAGUUUAAGUUCCCUAAGAAACAGCUGGCGGCGUUGACCCAGGCGAUUCGCACUGGCACCAAGUCAGGCAAGAAGACUUUACAGGUGGUUGUGUAUGAAGACGAGGAGGAAUGCGACGGUACUAUCAGGCAGCACAAAGAAGCAAAGAGAUUUGAGAUUGCGCGCUCAAAAUCCUUAGCGGACACUCCCAAGGUACCAGGCUCGGCCGCACCAAAGAGGCAGAACUCUGACUCUGUCGGCAGGACGCAUGAAAUCCGGAAGAACACCUACAAGACACUGGACAGCCUGGAGCAGACCAUCAAGCAGCUGGAGACCACUAUCAGUGAGAUGGGACCACCCUCCCCGCGGGAGCCGGUCUGCACGGAGGAACCUACGGCAGGGAAUGGGAAAAGCUCAGAAGGAGUGGGGCUGAAGAGGUCUUCCUCUCUCCCUACCUCCAGAGGGUCAGGCCCUAAGGUACCCAGCAAAAAUUCAUUGCAGAAGAAGGCUAAACCUCAGCUGCUUCCUCGCCCUGUAGUUAUCCCUACUACCACCACCACCACCACCACUAUCCCCAGUGCCCCCAGCACCAUACAACAGAACACCAGUGUCGCUUCCCCUACUAGUCGGAUGCCCGUCCCUUUGUCUGCGAAGUCCAGGCAGUCGCCGGGUACUACUGACAAAGCAGGAAAACAGCAAAAACUGCAGGACGCUCAGAGGCAGUUCCGACAGGCUAACGGAAGUGCUAAAAGAGUGGGAGGGGAUCAUAAAACUACUUCCCCUACUAUACCAAUCUCUAAAAUCCCUGCUUUUUAUCCUAGCUCUACUAAAGGCAGCUCCCAGUCUGCACAAAACUCAGAUGCUACUAAUCCCAUUAACCCUUCUUCCUCCUCUUCCUCCUCCUCCUCUGUGACAAAGUCCUCCAUCCUGUCCUCUCACGCUCACCGUUCCGGUUCCCUGCCCUCCUCCCACAUCCCCUCCCUGUCUAACGGAUCCCUCAAACUCCCCACACCCUCACAGCACACAGGUAAAGCUCUCUCGUUUCCCUCGCAGACUCAGAAUGGUCGAGUGCACUCCUCCUCCUCCUCUUCAUUCUCCUCCUCCUCCUCAUCCUCCUCCUCCUCCCCCUCCCCUCUGUCGCCCACACCUUUGGGCCCAGGUGGAAAGAGCAUCCGCACCAUACACACCCCCAGCUUCACCAGCUACAGGUCCCACAACGGCAGCAGCGGCAAAUCCUGCAUCCCAACAGCCACAGCAGCUAAGGACACUACCUAGCCCUAUCAUUGCCCCUCUGGCUUUACCGCAUAGCAGGUAGACCUGAUCAUGUGUUAUCUUUUAUAGUUUGGGUUUGUUGUUUUUUUGCUCUGUUUUUGAAAGUUUUUGUAAAAGUAUUACGUGAUGCACUCCCCCUGUUCAUGCUUUAUUUUGACACUGGCAUUCUCACACGCUUUUAUCCCCUUUAAGUUGCAUUUUCCACUUCCGCAAAAUACUCGCUUGGAUUCUGAAUCUUUCUUGAAGGUGUACCAGAUGUUCUGACAAAAUAUUUUAUAACGGAACUAAAAGAUGAUUAGUUUUACCACUUUGUAGUUGAAGUGGAAGGUUCUCAUGGUGUUGAAAAUCUAUUUUUCUUGCUUUAGCUAUGAAUAGGGAAUAUAGAGUUGAUGUACAAUCACAACGUACCGUGUAAAAAUGUUGUUUUAUUUUUCAAACCAGAGAUUGAAUAACCAUAGUAUAUUUAAUCUUCUAUAUUUCUUAUGUUGCCAGACAUUCAACACAGCCCUUGUAAAUGCCUUUUAUGAUUGUAUACAUAACGUAUACACACAUUUAAAAGUUUGAUUCAUUGUUAACUUCUGUUUUCUAAGAGUGUUUUCUCAUUUUUCACCCAUAUGAACUGCCAAUUUAUUUUACAGAUAUGUAAAACUGGCAUCAUGAGUAAUACAGGUUUUCAUUUUAGUGUGCCUAUUUGCCAAAGUUGUUGUAACAACGACUCACUUCAGGCCUAACCCAGUCACAGGAUUUAGGGGAAUUUACCUGUGUUAUGGCUGAAGUGUCGACCUCAGUGUUGGUACUGCUGGUCUUGGUUUGUUAAGUUAACAUGUAUUGUUGUCUAAAUGUAAACUGUACUAAAAACAAAGUGAUGAAUCGGUUCUACCAUGUGUAAAUAGACGCUUCUACUAAGAGAAUAAGUAGUUUUUUUUAACAUACCAAAGUUUAUUUGUAUGCAUGCCUUUCAAAUACUUUAGGAGAGUGGUGUAAAAGAAGAAUUAUGUUUGCACAGAUAGAUUUUGUAAAUAUCUGGUUUUCUCUCAUUUUUGUAAAGCUUUAAAUCAUACUAUAAAUGAGCAAUGUGGUAAAGACAAAACUGUGUUGGAGUAGCAAAAAUAAAGACUUGCAUGCUUGA